GGCGGGCGGCAGUCGUCGGCGCGCCCUCGCUGUUCGCGCGCGUACCAUGCCGUUGUGACCCGCGCCCGCCCGACCCGACCGCGAUACCACCACGACACUGUGCCCCGUCAGCAACUAGUGACCAUUCUAACGUGAUCGCACCAUGAAUUGAAGCUUUGGAAUUGCAGGCAAGGACGUCCCACGGGCUCGCGGCGUGCGCGGCGAUGCGCUGACGCCAUGCGCGCGCCGCCAUGCGCCCCCGCGCCCCCCGCGCCGCGCCCGCCUGCCCCCUGCUGCUGCUGGCGCUGCUGCUGGCCGGUGAGUGCUGCGCCGGCAACCCCGACGCCAAGCGGCUGUACGACGACCUGCUCAGCAACUACAACAAGCUGGUGCGGCCCGUGCUCAACGUGAGCGACGCGCUCGCCGUGCGCAUCAAGCUCAAGCUCAGCCAGCUGAUCGACGUGAACCUCAAAAAUCAAAUCAUGACAACCAAUCUUUGGGUGGAGCAGAGCUGGUACGACUACAAGCUGUCGUGGGAGCCGCGCGAGUACGGCGGCGUGGAGAUGCUGCACGUGCCCUCCGACCACAUCUGGCGGCCCGACAUCGUGCUCUACAACAACGCCGACGGGAACUUCGAGGUGACGCUGGCGACGAAGGCGACUCUGAACUACACGGGCCGCGUGGAGUGGCGCCCGCCCGCCAUCUACAAGUCCUCCUGCGAGAUCGACGUCGAGUACUUCCCCUUCGACCAGCAGACCUGCGUCAUGAAGUUUGGUUCCUGGACUUACGAUGGGUUCCAGGUGGACCUGCGGCACAUCGACGAGGCGCGCGGCACCAACGUGGUGGAGCUCGGCGUCGACCUCUCCGAGUUCUACACCUCGGUGGAGUGGGACAUACUGGAGGUGCCGGCCGUGAGGUACGACCGCACCUAUCACAGCGUAGUGCGGUCCUCCCUCUCUCCCCGCGCUAAUCCCCCGUCCUGUUGCAGGAACGAGAAGUUCUACACGUGCUGCGACGAGCCCUACCUCGACAUCACGUUCAACAUCACGAUGCGGCGCAAGACGCUGUUCUACACCGUGAACCUGAUCAUCCCGUGCAUGGGCAUCUCCUUCCUGACCGUGCUGGUGUUCUACCUGCCCUCGGACAGCGGCGAGAAGGUGUCGCUGUCCAUCUCCAUCCUGCUCUCGCUCACCGUGUUCUUCUUGCUACUGGCCGAGAUUAUUCCUCCGACGUCGCUCGUGGUUCCGCUGCUGGGCAAGUUUGUACUCUUCACCAUGAUAUUGGAUACGUUCAGCAUAUGCGUGACGGUGGUGGUGCUGAACGUGCACUUCCGGUCGCCGCAGACGCACACGAUGGCACCGUGGGUGCGCCGCGUGUUCAUCCACGUGCUGCCGCGGCUGCUGGUCAUGCGGCGCCCGCACUACCGUCCGGACCCGCACCGUAGCCGCUUUGCCGGGCUGGCGACGGCAGCGGAGACGGUGCAGUGGGAGCACGAGGCGGGGUGGUGCGGGGUCGAGGGCGCGGCGGCGGGGGCGGGGAUGCCGCCCGCACCGGUGCCGCCGCCCGCGGCCGCGUGCCGCCUGCACGACGCACCCGCGCUCUGCGACGCGCUGCGCCGCUGGCACCGCUGCCCCGAGCUGCACAAGGCCAUCGACGGCAUCAACUACAUCGCCGACCAGACGCGCAAGGACGAGGAGGCCACGAGGGUGAAGGAGGACUGGAAGUACGUGGCCAUGGUGCUGGACCGGCUGUUCCUGUGGAUCUUCACGCUGGCGGUGCUGGUGGGGUCGGCAGGCAUCAUCCUGCAGGCGCCGACGCUGUACGACGAGCGCGCGCCCAUCGACGUGCGCCUCUCCGAGAUCGCGUACGCCACCGCCAAGCCGCGCCCGCCGCCGCCGCCGCGGUAGGCGUCCGCGGACUCAACGGACAGAGACAGUCUCUCCGCUAUCCCCAUCUCUUUGUACAUAAUAAAAUAAUUAUAUUAGUUUAUACGACGAAAUAACGUGAUCGAAAAUGAGUCGAAUUUCUUUUGAUAGAGACAAAAUAAAUCGAUUGUUUAUAAAA